UUUUUAUUCGGCAAACAGACAGUUUCUCACGAAGCAGCCGAUCGUUUUUCUAACCCUGAUUCUAACCUCGAAACUCGUAAUCAUGAAGCAGUAAAUAAAUAUCGCAAAGAAGCUAACUGACGAAAAUCAUAGGAUUCAAGAAUCGGUAAAAUGUGGAAGACGGUGAGAAUUUGCGAAAGACUGGCGGUACAUUUGAAGAACGUCUCGAAUUGCAAAAGAACGUUCCUCUCCGAUGCUUACCGCUGCGACGAGGCGUGGAAAAAGCGGCUCGCAAACCCGCUACUGGAAAAGGUAGAUUUAGAGAAAUUAUACGUAUUGAUUAGUCAGAAAUAUUCCAAAGCGAGUAAGGCAAACGCGGUCGACAUAGAUAUAUUUGCAAACGCGAUAAGGGGAGACGGUGAGGAGAUCGACGAGCUGAUUGAUCUCCUCUCCAAAUUGAGAAGGACAUCGGAAACAUCACAAAUGUUAGACUCGACUCAAUACGCUGUCGUUAGGAGCUUCAUGAAAGCUAAUCGCAUCGACGGGCUUCUUACUGUAUUACAUGACAGACUAAACUACGGAGUCUUUCCCGACCACUGUGCCCUCAACAUUCUUAUCGAUUCGCUUGUAAAAAGUAAAGAUUACACAUCCGCUGCACGUGCUGCAGUGUUACUGAUGCUCCAGGAAGAUUUCGAGAAUGAAAUAUCAAACGCACUCGUCGUCUAUGCCUGUCACAUGUACCUCAAGAAUCCAGGAGACAGUUGGAAAGAGCCGGAGCCUGUUAUAGAUAAGAGCAAAGAGGUGGUUAAAGUGCGAGUCAGAUUUCUUAGGAAUCCAUACUUCGACGAUCAUUUUGACCUGCAAAAACCAGCUCAUCUAGUAGGAAAAACAUUAGCCAUGUAUGGUAAACACAUGGGUGAUUCGAUUGGGAGAACUUAUCAGCUAAUUGGGCUUACGCUUUAUGGGAAAUAUGAUGCAGCUACUAGUUUGGUCAAGGAAUGGACGCAGACUGACACAAAGCAAGUUCUCUAUCGCGACGGAUUAGAAUUGGUCAAAAGUGAACUGGCCAAAAUUGCAGAGAGCGAAAUCACUGACCAAAUCAAAGCUCUUAAUGAGGAACUGAAAAUGUUGGCAGCUGCUGAUCUGGUGAAUGAAAGUCUAGAAGCUGCUAUGGAGAAAAGAGUGAAAGAUACUGUCAGCCAAUUUGAGGAGAAGGACAUUGCUUCCCAACUUGAGGCCUUUUCUGAGUGGGAAAAGACAAGGCAGUCUGUGAUUGACCAGCAGCUGGCUGAAUUGGAUAAACAGCAGCGACUAGAAAAUAUUGCCAAGAUUAAGGAGGACCUUCAACAAAGAGAACGAGUGUUAACCUUCUUUGAGAAUGAGGAACAGAUCGACCUGAUAAUCGAGAGUAGAGAAAAUGAAGUAGAAGAGAAACUAACUGAGGAGAAGCCACAGAAUGUUGAGGAGGAGAAUUACAUACCCCCAGAAGUUGAUAGCAGAGCUCGACAAACUCGCUGAUUAACUGUAGACAUUUCAUACACAGCUAUUAUUUGCAACUUUUCAUCAUUUUUCUAAUCUAAAAUUUAUUUCUGUAAUACAACGGUAGUAAUAAAUUUCACAGAUGAAAUAUCUGACGGAACUUAAUUCUUUUGAAAGGUUUGAAGAAUCUGAACUUCACUUAAAGGAAGAUACUCCCAGAACCGAAAUUUACGAACUACGACAUCGAAUUGGAAGCGGAUUUCGGUAAAUAAAU